AUGACCUCCUUAAACCAUAACAAUAACUUGUGCCUUGUCACCCUUUCCUUCCCCUCUUCCACCUCCUGCCACUGCCCUGACCAUGUGCCGCCUAGGGAGCUUGACAAGAAAUUUGACAAAAUUCAAAACCUUAAAAACACCUCAAAUAACAACCCUACUAACAUCCUUACUAACCUUUGCACCGGCCUCGAAACUUUCCUCGGCUUCAACUCUUCUUCCAAAGGCUACGACGGCUCUGGGAUAGUGUACUCUGACUUGGAUAGGCUGUGUGACGGGGUGAUGGGAUUUUUGAGUGGCGUGCUUGGUGCGGUGAAAGAUGAUCCAAGCGUUACAACGUAUUACACUAAGAUGGAUGAAACACUCCAAAAAAUUAAAAACAAUAUGCACAAUCCUGACGGAUUGUCUAAGGCCGUUGAGGCUGUGAGCCGGGCGCUGGGGGAGUGGGAUGGCAAUCUCACUAGUAGAACAGACGCACUUAAAAAUAGACUCAAAACUCUUAAUGUUGAUAGAUUUAAUGAAUUUGAUAACUCACUUAAAUUACUUAACAGUCUUUUGCCAGAGCAGCUUGACCAGGUGCCCCGCCAGUUGCAGGCCUGCAUCACCGAUGCGGGUGCCAUCUUGACCGACUUCAAUUUCGCUGAGGCGGAAUACGAUAAGCUCGAUGAUACACUAAAAGAUAAGUUGAAAAAUGCUAUGUUUCAAAUUAAGUUGCAGGUAGAGAAGUUUCACGGAGCGGCGACGAACACGGAGUUGAGGGCGGUGUUGGACAUGGCCAAGGAUACGUGGGAUUAUUUGAGAGAGGAUAUUAACAAUAGAGUGAGAGAAAAUAUAGAAGCUUUGGCUCUCAGCGUUUUACAAAAAGUUAUUCAAAUAGGUAAAGAUAUGUAUGAGGUUGAUGAGAUAUUGAAAAAAUGCAUCUCUGAUUACGCAGACUGGAUUAGGGACACAAAUAACGUCCUUGAAUUGGCGCAAAAAGAUGCGUUAAAAAUAUCUAAUUCCAUGACUGCAAAAUACAACCAGGAAAAGCUGCAAGAGAUUGCAACCGCGAUGGAAAACUGGAAACUUAAGCUCGUAGAUUACGUUGAUGUGAAAGUUAAACCCAAACUGCAAGAAUUAGUGAAGACAUCUCAGCGGACAGUUGCAGGUUUGGAUGAUCGGCUCAAAGCGGAUUUGAAAGUUAUGGAAGAAAAAAUUACUGAACCUCUCAGAACAUUGAAACUCGUUUCUGGUGGCUUCUUAAUUAAGAUAACGGACACUCAAACAAUGCUCACAAAGGCAAUAGGAAACGUAUUUCAAGACCUUGUGAAGCUUGAGAAGAUUGAAAGUUUUGAUGAAAUUAAGAAUGCUUUAGGUGAAAUAGUUUCAGCGCCAUUACUUCAAAAAAUUGCAAGUGCAUCCGCGUUCACCGAUCUGAAUAAAUAUUUCGCAGCGCUUGAUUCCAAUGUCAUGGAUCCUUUGAAAAAGGCAACUCAGAGAAUAGGUGAGGGUAUACGAAUGGGUAGUAAUGCCAACAUGGAUGACUUUCAUAGAGCAUUUACAAGACUUAAGUCACACAUAAUCACUCCACUUAAAGAAAUUAAACAAGUUGCUAACGGAUCCGUUACAGAUAUUAGUGGACUUGAAGCAAAGCUGCAAAAUGUACUAGGCAAUGAUUUUACUUUUAGCAGUUUUAAUCUUCAGUCUCACAUUUCGAAAUUAACAGAUGUGAUUAAUAAACUAGAUGGCAUUGGUGGAAAGGUUGAUAAACAAGACGCUGAAAAAGUCUUGACCGAUCUUGGCAGCAUUGCGAAGGCCGUCUCAUCUCAUUCGAAAACAGUCAUUGAAAAAGUAAUAGAUUCCAUGGAAAAAAACGUCAAAACAGAGAUAGCGGCAUUGGCGAGGGCUAUUAAGGGAAAGAUUACAAAAUGUUCCAACCUUGCAGGAAGCCAAGGUGGCACCAGUGCCACCGGUGAUGUGAGCGGCCUCGCAAAGUUAGCGACUGAGUUUGGAGCGAACAUUGAUGUUAGACUUGAUGAUCUGAAAAACACAGUUACAAGUGAAGCGUUCAAGAACAUGCCAAAUGGCGCCGUAGCAGAAAUCAACGUGGAUCAGACACUACCAUUAUAUAAAGGGCAGAGAGACGAACAUGUUAACACAGCUCUAGAGGCAAUCAAUACUUUUGUCUCUGAUAUAAGCAUUCAGCCGACGGCAACAAACCUCACUGAAUGGUCACAAAAUAUUACGCAAAACCUGGACACUCUAAUUACUGAAUUUGCAGAAGUUGCAUCAUAUAUAAACGGGUAUAUAAAUGAUUUACAAAGUGAAAAACUCGACAAAAAAUUCGUUGCCAUUUUAGAUAAGCUCCGUACACUCCACCAAGUUGACAUGCGUAAGCUGCUUGAAGAUAUACAAAAACUUAGAGAUUUCAUUAAUGACCGAAGCCGCUCAACCAUUUGGAAUAUGCAGAAGUUUGUCACCGAUAAAUUUGCGGUUGCAACUAAAACAAUUCAAGACACGGCGAGAAGGCAGUAUUACACUAAAUUAAAUGAGAUGUUCAGAACCAUGGAGAGAAAAGUUAAAGCUGGAAUUGCAGACAUAAAUAUAGCCACCGAAAACGAUGUAAAACUAGGUGUAAAAGGUUUGUUAAGUACCGUUUAUGACAAGGAAGGUGUUACGUUGAGUAGAAUAAAAAUUGAUGAUCCAUUGUAUAAAGAAAAUGUCAAAAACGUGUCGAGUAACCUAACAACAUAUUUGGAAAAUAUCCUAAGAUACGUUGAUUUUAAUGUCGCUGUUUCUUCCACCGAUCCUGCGCAUAAUAAUCCUCGUAUUGCUGAACAAGCCGUUCAGGUUAGAGAGAUCCAAGAGAAGAUCAACUAUUUACUCAAUCAUCUUCAUAAACGUGAUUCUAAUCUACCUAAUGUUUAUAAUUACGACCACCAAUUCACCUCUCGCCUCUCCACCCUCUCCUCCGCAAUCUCCGCCCUCGACCCCCAAGCGCUGCCGGACGCAGGACGGCCCGUGCUCAGGGCGCUGAAGCAGGGGAUGCUGGGAUUCGUGGGAGAGUUGGAGAAGGGGUAUGUGAACAGGUAUGAUGGAGGUGAAAGUAUUAAAGAGUGGGUUAAAAGAGAAGGUGAAAAAGACGUUUUGACGCCUGAAGGAAAAAAUGGCGCCAAAGUCUUUUUGACGAUUUUGGAGACACUGUAUAAUGAUCUUGCUACAUUGUUACGAGAUUGCCCAAACAAGUGGAAAGGUAAAAAGAUAUGUUUAUUUGAGAACGUUAAGAGCAAUCAUAAGCCGGUUGACAAUUCCUUAGGCCAGUGGUUCAAGCGUCGUGGUUACGCAGUUUCGGGAGAGAUUGACAAGCAGCAAGGUGAGUUGAGGAAUAAAGCUGAGUGUAGCAGUGAACAACUUUUAACGCUUCUUUCUAACUCAUCUGGUGAAAAACACGUUUUUAAACAAGGUGAUCCUAGAAAAGAUAGCGGCCCUCUGAAAAGCCUCAUCGGCCACCUCGGUACAUAUUACAGCGUCUGCCACCACUAUAUUCCGAAAAAACCCAAAGCACCGGCAAACAUCUACCAGAUGCUUCAAUGGCUCUGCGGUUUGUGGCACAAUCCGAUGCGUACACCACUACGUUAUUACUUCAUGGAAUUGUUCAACAAACCAAAGGGGAGGGAGCAUGAGUCUUAUGUGAAAAUAGGAUCUGCGAAUUUAAAACUAGAAACUUAUCCCUACAAUGUAAUUACGCCAAAUAACUUAGACAACCAACUCUAUCCACUUUGCUUCUACGCUGAGAUGCCGUUGACUGCCAUCCUCGGACAAGGGCACGCUGAGGGGAGGUACGCGGUUGACUUCAAGACAAACGCAGAGGAAUUGUUGUACCCCAGCAACCCCGGUGCGUGCUUCGAUAUGUUUGCAGAUAUAUUGAAUAGGGUGUAUCACCAAUGUAACUUCCUGCUCAAGCAGUGCAGCUACAGCACCAAACUCGGCGGUUGGAGCGACUGCUGGUACGGUAACUCAAUCGCCGGGUCAUCGUGGAGCUGCAACGCAAUCCAAUGUCCUGGUCAAGGUGCUGACCAAAAGCAUGAGCAAAGUUGUAACCAAAAGUGUGACCAAAAUGCUGAGUGCGGUAUCAAAUCACCGCUUCAGUCAUUCCUCGAAGAUGGUUUGCAAGGUUUCCUCCCUCACGCUUUCACCAAGCCGGGUUGCAAAUUGGAAUGCACAGUGUCCAACCACCGUGGUAUUCCCUGCAAAACGCCCAUGGGCUUCGCAGAUAUGUCUAUCACAUCGUCUCACAGGCAGAAGGGUGAGCAUCUCAAGAAGGCUCUUGCCAAAUUCUGUGGCCCGCAAUCACAACUAAACGUGCUGUGUAGCUUACUGACGUGCAUGUUACGUCAACCACCUCAGACUCUUGGUGACAUGUUUGCGUUUUACUGCAGUUUCCUAGCUGACUGGGCUGGCCCCGGUAAAGCGCAUAAGCAGACCGCAUUUAAUGCAGCCGUAGAGGAAGCUAUCUUUGGCCAGGAAUAUCCGCAUUUGAAUCCCACAACACUCUUCAGCAGCAAGAAGCACGUUGAUGCUGCAACAACCCAUGCCAAAGGUGACUUGCUGAGCCUUGUCAGCUGCAACGGUGGAAUACAGACAGUGGACCCUGCCGGUACCUGCGGGCCAUAUCUGCAGCCCAUGAACAAUGAUAUCUACGACGUAUUCGCAGCGUCCAACAAGAAACUUUAUUUGUCAUGGAUAGUCUACUCGACAGAAACGUUCUAUGACUUGCUCUGUAGAUUGCUCGAAGAUUGCAAGAGGAAGUGCGCUACGCCGCAAUCAAGGUGUAAGCUGCAAGGAUGUGCCAAGGAUUGUCGUGCCGUUCUGUCUGAUACUAAAAUUCCAGAUCGAAACCAUCAGGCUGACUGCAAAUCCAUUGUGCAGUGCAAUUCCACAUUGCCGAAUCUAUAUAAAUAUGGGUUUUACUACGGAGACUCAACUAAGCUAAGUGGCGACGAUGGGCGUGAAAAGAAACGUUCAUGCCAAGAUUUCUGCAGAGCGCUAGAAAGAGUACUCAACAAAAAUGAGCAAAAUGAACAUGUACUUGCCAAAUUCAUUUUCCACACCAUCCCCGAAUUCCUCUUCAAAAUUCGGGAACCCUUCAUCUGGCUUAACGUCGCACUUUGGUCACUAUCCGUGUUCUACCUAAUCUGCGUAAUGGUUGGCAGACUGGAUGUGCUUCAUAUCCGCUCGCACCUGAGAUCACCAUCAUCGCACAGGAUAACGGCGCAGUCAUUGUUAGCGGCGGCGCAAGUCGGAAGGCUUGCCAAGAUAUCGUACCUACAACCGUAA